AUGCCGCAGCCCCGCAGGAAAGCUGUCGCGUCUCUCGUCGAUGCCCUGACACCGUGGGAACGUUGGCAUCUCCGCACACAGAUGAACGCGCUGUCCAUCGGACUGGCCCGCCUCCCCGACCUCCCCGCCGAAGUCAUCGCCAUGAUCGGCUCGCAUCUCCACUUCAGCGACAUCGCAUCGUGCCGCGCCGUCUCCAAGGCUUGGAGCUGCGCCUGGACACAGGACGAAGCCGCCAGAGACCUUCUGCGCCAUUUCUACCCUGGUCUGCUGGAGACGGCCUCGGCUGCCGUGCCGCGGCGCCCCGCGUUGCGAGUCUUCGACGAGGCCUCUCGCAGGAGUCGUCGCCGUCAAGCCUGCCGCUUCACUGCGUGUUUGGCGGAGAACACGGCGGAGCUAUUGCGGUUUGAAGUGACGGAAGGCCCGCCGGCGCUGUCGCCAGAUCCAGCCGUCCACCCGGAACGGAAGUUUCCGGUCAUGCAUCCCCCAGCACAAGAUGUGGACGAAUUUGGCUUCUCUGGGCGUCCAAGGGAAUGGCCUAAUCAGUAUUGCCACGGGCGAUACCUGUGGCAGCUGGACGACUGCUGCUUCUACCUCGACAACUUUGACACGGGCGUGGUGUAUAACAUAGCACUCCAGGAGUUCCGGACCGUGUCACUGCCCUCGCGACUCGAACGAUGCUAUGCAGACUGUAUGAGCAUCGGCCUCGUCUUAUACCCCGUAUCGGAGAUGUACCUUUGGCGAUGGGACGAAGGCCUGCAAGCGCUCGAGGUAGCGCCUCCCCAGCGCGCCUCUUCAGAGCAGUAUGGCGAGACAUCCUUCAUGUUCCACCCCACAAAGCCCAAGGUCUUCUCGAUCGUGACGCUCUACAGGACGGGAGGCGAUCGCUCUGAGUCAGAUUCGGAAGACGAGUCGACCUACAGUCUUCACCUCCACGUCAGUGAGUAUGAAGAUAGGCAACUUCGCAUGACCAAGACGCACGAACGCACGAAUCUUGCCAGCAGAUGCAGCACCCCGGUCCCCCCGCAACAACAAGGCAUCAGAAGGACCGACAGAGACCAGUUUCACUGGUCAUCGCAGAAGGCCCUCCAUCCAAUCAAUACGCACGGCACUCAUGCCUUGUUGGUCGAUAGUCUGUCGUCAGAAGACGUCGCGCUGGUCUGA